GGUGGAGGUUGUCACACCACUCUCAUAAUCACAGUGAUCUACCUUACUGACGAGAGGGGCAGAAAUCAGGCAAGACACCACUCCAGCACCCAAGUCUGGAUCAAUAAGAUCACAAUUCUCCGUCUCUUCCAGUCUCCUUAAUUCCAAACUUCGUUGUGUCGAAGACCCUUUCAAUGGCUGUCCUCACCAACCUACCAAUCGAAAUUCUCAAUAGGAUUUUCACCUCACUAUGCUGUCAUUGUCGACAACACAAAGUGAAGCUCGAUAAACCGAGCGCGCCCGACAUCUCGAAUGAAGACUACAGUGAGCGACUUGGGCUACGUAGUUUGUGCCUCACAUCACGGUCAAUACGCUACGUCGCCCAACCAAUUCUCUACCACGUUUUUCUGCACCACUGCAACAUGAACUGGAUAAAAAGAGAAACACACUUAAUACCUCGGUUGUUUCGUUUACUAAGAACUAUCAAUGAGAACCCCCACCUUUCAUUCUGCAUCAAGUCCAUCGACAUCAAAGCUUAUGAAGAGAAAUGCGAUUGCUGUUCACCAACGGCUGACUGCGCGACCGACGAAGAGACUGUUCAAGUCAUGCGGUUGUCCGAAAAGACAGGUCUCUAUGUUGAUCUCCUCGACGUGGAUUACGAUACACUCCCUGAGAUUCUUACUCAAUUUCUGUUGAUCAUGACACCAAAUCUUCAGAAACUAAGCCUGUGCGUCCCACGUUGGUGGUACUUUCAACCGCUGGAAACAUGGAUCCAUGGACAUAAUGAGUCAAUUACAUUCCUGAACCAGGUUCGGCACAUGGAGCUGGAGAUUGAGCGCAAUGCCAACGACAUUUGCAUUGACGAGCACGAUGAGGACACAUGUUUUCAUCCCACCGCACCAAGUCCUGUCGAACGUCUGCUUAUUGACAAUGCUGCGAAUCUCGAGGUGUUAUCAUGUACUGCUGGAGGACUGGAAAGUCUUCCGAAGUUACCAUCGCUCAGGUGGCUGCACCUCCACAUGAAAGGGUCUUGGGAGGGGAUGCUGCCUCAGUUAAUGGAUCGCCUACCACAUCUGACACAUUUCAGUUACUUUACCCGGAAUCUGCACUCUCCCACACCCAGAGAGAUCCAAGACUCUCUUCGUAACCACCACGAGACUCUUCAGCACCUGACUGUGGUUAGUCAGUUGUGGGAGAGUACUUCAGUUGACGAUUUACGAAUGGACCCAAGCCGGCCGUACUCAAUGACCUCCCUCGCCGAUUUCAAGGCUCUUGAAACCAUCAAUCUCGAUGGCUAUAUGAUAUGGCCGCACCGAAACGACAGAAGUACGAUCCAAGACGUGGAGUCAGACUUACAGCGUCUACCAAAUCUUUUGCCCCAGUGCAUACAGCAGCUUCACAUUGACAUGGAUGGCUGGCUCAACUGUGGAGAGGAAAACUUCAGGUCAUUAGCCAAGGCUGUGGCAAAUGGGAAAUUCCCUUACCUACAGACAGUAAUCUGGGGCAUGAAACAUGACCGCCGACUCCUGCGGCGUGAGACUUGUAACAAGGCGUGGAAAAUGGGCGAGGAAUGGAGGGAAUUAAUCGCACAAGAAGUCGAAAGCCGCAUGCGUCGUGGUUAUCACGAGGCAUUUCCAAACUGGAGAGCUGAAUUAUUGGAGUCUGCGGCAAAAGAGGCUUGCUGAAGUAGGUAGUCAUGGAGUUCACUCGCCUCAGCUACCACGUAUGUAGUAUCAAAAGUUUCAGGUUUUGACGAUAACACCGGUUAUCAAAUAUGAGAACAAUUCCAACUGAAAACACAGUCGUGACCAGUUCUGGACUUGAGCCAAC